AUGGGUCACAGAACCAACGAUCUACGAACGUCUGUAACCCAACUUUACAAUAACCCAAGCUUACUACCUUUAACGAAAAAACAGAAAAAAUUGGUAACCCGAAAUCCGGGUUCAAUCAUGGCAAUUGCAAAAGGUGCUAAAAUGGCAAUAGACGAAUGUAAAUAUCAAUUCAAAAACAGGCGAUGGAAUUGUCCGACCUAUGUCGAUGGUCACGGUGGUUCUAUAUUUGGUAAAAUUCUCAAUACAGGUUGUCGUGAAACAGCGUUUAUUUAUGCCGCUACUAGUGCUGCUGUUUCGCACUCUAUUGCACGUGCGUGUUCGGAAGGAAGUAUUCAUACGUGCUCUUGUGAUUUUGAACAUAAUAAAGUUCCUGUUGGGAAAGACUGGGAAUGGAGCGGAUGUAGUGACAAUGCUCGAUAUGGACAUAAAUUCUCUCGGAGAUUCGUGGAUGUGCUCGAGAAAGGACGAGACUUCCGGUAUAUGAUGAAUUUACAUAAUAACGAGGCUGGACGAGUGCAUGUAUCGUCUGGUAUGAAACAAGAGUGUAAAUGUCAUGGGAUGUCUGGUAGCUGUACCAUUAAAACAUGUUGGAUGCGUCUUCCUCCUUUUAGAAAUAUAGGUCAUAUAUUAAAAGAUAGAUUUGAUGGUGCUUCAAAAGUCCUUCCUGGCAAUACUGGAAGAGCUGUUAAGAGAAAGCGACGAAGGUUCAAUUUUAGUCCCGUUAAUCCAAACCACAAGCGUCCUGGACGACGUGAUUUAGUCUACUUUGAACAUUCGCCAACUUUUUGUGAGAAAGAAAACAUGAUAGGAUUUGAGGGGACGGCAGGCAGGGAGUGUAACUCUACCUCACUCGGUGUGAACGGUUGUGACCUUAUGUGUUGUGGACGCGGAUACAAAUCCGAAACGUUUCCUGUGAAGGAAAGAUGUCAUUGUACUUUUCAUUGGUGCUGUCAAGUAAAAUGCCAAGUGUGCACUCGAUUAAAGGUCCGGAACACGUGCUUAUGA